CAAAAUCCGAUAAAAUCGGAUGUUCGUUCACUUUUUAUAUCAAUCUCUACUUCUUUCUCCAAAUCCAUAUUUCAAAAAAAAUAAAUAAAUAAAUAAAUAAAAUAAAAUCACGUCUUCUAGACUCUCAUUCAAAGAUAUUGCUCCAAUAGGAGAAAAGAAAAGAAAUUUAUUAGUUGUUUAGUGUUUUGAAACGGGGGAUCUUGUGUUUAUUUGUUUCUUGUUAUGAAUAAUUGUAUUUUUAUUGGGUGGGAAAAAACGGCUAAGAAAUAAUUUCGAAGAUGAAAUUCGGAGAGACUUUUACAGAAUAUUUACAUGGGGACCGAGAGAGGUUUUUGCAGAAGUGUAGUCAUAUUGAAUAUAAAAGGCUUAAAGAAGUGUUGAAAACUUGCAGGAGAUGUAAUGCAUUCAAGGGUUGUGCUAAUAAUGUUGAAGAAUACAAUCAAUUAAGGGAAGAUGAAUCGACUCAAUCCACCCAGUUAUAUGAAUCUUGCCCGUUGUGUGAUCAGAUGUUCUUCUCUGAAUUGAAGAAAGAGGCUUCUGAUAUAGUUGGUUGCCUUAGUUCAAGAGGACGGCGGCUUAUCCAUCUUCAUGCUCCAAACCAAAUGCAAAAGUAUUUCAUAAGUUUGUGCCAAUGUUUCACAAGCAAUCAGCAAGCUACAGCACAAGAAUGUCGACUGUUAAUUGAAUAUGUUGCAAUGAAUGCUAUUGCUCUACGAAAAAUCCUCAAGAAGUACGAUAAGAUACAUUGCUCUGUCAGUGGAAGAAUUUUCAAAUCUAAAAUUCGUACUGAACACAUAGAGCCUCUGCAAUCUCCUUGGUUAAUGGAACUUGGGGCUUUCUAUAUUAACUUUAAAGAAUCAAACGGUGGGAAUCAGGAUAACGAUGGACCAUUCUCUUGUGACCUUAGUGCUACAGAGCCCAUAAUGAUUUUGAUGCUACCAGAUUCUGUGAAAUUAGAAUACAAUCUGACUUGUGCCAUUUGCUUGGAUACCGUUUAUAAACCAUAUGCUUUGCGAUGUGGGCACCUCUUCUGCAAACCAUGCGCUUGCUCUGCAGCUUCAGUUAUGAUCUUCGAAGGUCUCAAGAGUGCAAGUCCAGAAUCAAAAUGCCCCAUUUGCAGGGAGGUGGGAGUGUAUGCUAAUGCAAUGCACAUGACAGAAUUAGAUUUGCUGUUAAAGAAACAUUACCAGGAAACUUGGAAAGAGAGGCUGGCUGCUGAAAGAGAGGCAAUUGUGAAGCAAUCAAAGCUCUACUGGGACUUACAAACCAAGUUAAUGAUUGGAUAUUGAUAUGUUUCUCUCUAAUUUGGCAUUUUUUUCCUGUGAGAAUAUUUUGAAGGGAGUGACCAUGGACAAGGUGACCAUGCGUGAGCUUCAUUAUUUUCACAUUUUGUUUCUGGAGAAUCAUAAACGAUGUAGAAACGAGCAACAUAGCAUUUUCUUUUUUUUUGCAGUACUAAAGACAAUUUUUUUUUGGGAAAAUAGUUGAAUGUGAAGAUUUUACUUAA